CGCCAUGGCUCGCGCAUCGCUGUAGCAUCCAGCUGAUGUCUUGCGCGAGAGCCUCAAGAUCGCCGGUCAUGCUAUUGGAGCAGAUGGCGCUGUCGUUCCCUGAAAAGCGGUGGGAGGUUUUUCGUGGUCUUGUGCGACAGUUCUCUCUCUGUGCGUGUAAGGAUCGCCACCACCCGCCUCGGAAGAUACGGAUCUAGAAUAUGGCUGGGAUACGCAGGGAGUAUAUAAAGGAAAGCUCUGAUGCGCUGUUGAGAUCACCCGGCGACAGCUUACCCGAUUGAACAAUCCCGUCAAAAACACCACCGAACUACUCGUUCUACUUCCAACACCACAUCCCCACAAAAUGCUCCUCUUCCUCACCCUCCUCCUCUUCCCCCUCCUCACCCUCUCCCACCCGCCCACCAAACGCCCUGGCCACGGCCACCGCCCGCCCUACCAUCCCCCGCACCACCCAAACAUGUGCAACUACAACGCCCCCGGCAGCCGCUACUUCUACCUGUCCGACGUAACCUACGAGUCGCACAUUGUGUACUCGACGCCCGCGCACCUGGCCGUCUCGUACGCCAACCUCGACUUCAAUCUAACCAACAACGCCGCUUACGACGCGUCGUGCACGGGGAGCUCGAGCGGCGGGCCCAGCCCGGUUUACUUUACGUGGCCGCAGCUGCAGAGCUGCGAGGAGGCGGACGGCGCGUCGGGGAAUGCGACGUGGAUUUAUAUAGGGUAUGAGAAGAAUCUGCAGGUUAAUGAGACAUGGACUUGUGGAGGACACCAGUACUUGGGCUACGGCAAUGUGACGCUUAAUCUCGAGUGCGAGACUGAGAGCUGGAAUAAUCCGAAUUGGACGAUGGGGGAGCUGUAUCAUACUGAGGAUGUGACGUGCAAGCCGAUUAGUCUGCCGCUGAUUCCGACGGUUGUGAGGACGGAUUGAGGGAAAGAGAGAGAUAGGAAGAGAUCAAGUGACAUUUGGCGUGGAGCGGGCUUGUUUUGCUGGAAUGGAAAUGGGGGCGUAAUGUGAUGAUGGUACACAUGAGCGACGACUUAUGAUCUUUGUAGUAUAUUAUAACAUGUAUUUGUUUUGAAUUGGGGGCUGUGAGCUAUGCGAUGGGGCUAUUGCGUGGAAUAGGACAGCCAUUGGUGUGCUUCUGCUCAUUUUGAGAGUAAGAGACUGAAAGCUCGGUGCUGCAAAGGUCGACGGGAGAUACAUAUAUUGAUAGACUUCUUACCAG